CUCCCACUCUGCCUCUCUCUUCUGUCUCCCCGACCCAGACUUCUUCGAUUGCCUUCCACUGUCUCGCUGCUGACAUAUCAUAUUAUAUUAAUUACGAAGCGGUAACUGCUGGUAAUAACUGCAGCUUUCUUCGACAGCGGAUCUGAUAUUUGUCUCGUUAUUUCCUCAUUCUUCACGACUCGUCACGUCUCUCCUACCUUCACAAAAGAGCUACUAAUCUCAUAAUCCCACCAUGUCUCGCCAUCACCCCGAUCUCGUCAUGUGCCGCAAGCAGCCCGGUAUCUCUAUCGGCCGCUUGUGCGAUAAGUGUGACGGCAAAUGUCCCGUGUGCGACUCCUACGUGCGUCCCACGACCCUGGUCCGCAUUUGCGACGAGUGCUCCUUCGGAAACUACCAGAACAAGUGCAUCGUAUGUGGUGGAGAGGGAAUCAGUGAUGCCUUCUAUUGCUUUGAGUGCACGCGACUCGAAAAGGAUCGAGACGGUUGCCCGAAGAUUAUAAACUUGGGAAGUUCGAGGACGGAUUUAUUCUACCAAAAGAAAAGUUUUCGAAAUCAUUGAUGCGGGCUGGGUGUUGUUUUUCCUUAUUCGCCACGCGUCUGGGCUCUUGGGCAAGAACGUCUGCUCUCUGCAUCGUAUGCUCCUGGUCUUAGGGAGCUCUGCAGACUUAUUGGGGUGGCUUGGGCGAAUAUAAACGGUUGUUGAGAGUGAGACAGCUACAGCUACAGAAGAGAGAGGAGAUUGGUACCGGCGGUGUUUCGGUCACAGGUGCCCGGGGCUAUAUACUAUCGCGGAUCAUAGAGCGGGAUAUACAAGAAAUUACGAGUCAUCUACCCACGCACGGAGAUUUACCGACCCGGACGUCUCGGUCUCGCAAAUCCCCGGCUCGGUCCGUUAUCCUGUGGGGGGUGGACUUCUUCAUGCAACCUUUCGCCCGUGA